GCUGCACCUUGCUUUCGCCCCCAUCUGACUUUGGUCAACACGAGGCAGAUCCGGAUAGGACUCAAGCAUAUCAGCCUAAAAAAACACGAGGAUCACGCGUUUAACGUCCCCCAGACGUCUUUUGGUCUCUUCCCACCACCAUCUCAGCUCAGCCCUCACCGCUGAGCCGGCGUCGUGUUCAAAAAUCUCUGAAAAAUAUACAAAAAAUAAUAUCCUCUCAUUCAUUGCUACGACGCGUUACAUCCAUUCCCUCCAACGUGCUGAUGUUCUUCUUUUCACGUUCUCGCUCACGUUCUUCACGACCACCUACUUCAGAUGAUCCUCAUUCGGGCGCGAAUAACGGCAGUAAUGGCCAUAACCCGAACUCUGAGUCUGCUGGAGAAUCUCCAGUAGACGGAGGAACCGAUGAGCGACCCUUAUCCUAUUCUCCUGCUCAGAUGUCCAUGUCAAGAGAUUCAGAGGGCUAUCCUUCCUGGCUUCCCAAACGACCUCCCCCUCCUGUACCAGCUUCCACCUUUCAGUCAUCUGUCGGCUUCCCGGAUUCAGGUCCAAGCGACCCACCUGUGGUGGUCGGUGGACGCAAACCAACGCCACGGUCAAUUCGUAUUGUGAGUCUGGAAGGCGAUGAGUUUGCGGAGAAGGAUGCCGCCGUCGGACCUCCACCUAUAGGAACCCCAGGACACCCACGAGUUUGGUCUAGAGGUGCCGUUUCCGCCCUUACACCUACCGUUUUUUCUGCGCCUUUGGCAACAGACGGGCCACAUCUUCCUCGGAUACCUCAACCCUACUUCCGCUCAAAAGGCGUCAACAUGGACAUCUUACGAAAUCCCUUUAUCUUGUUCCGUAUCUACUACUUUAUCUUCCCUGUCUUAGUUUUUGCGCAUAUUCCUUUGCAAACAUUUUUUGACUUCAAUGCUGUAUUUAUAUUGAUUCAAGUCGCAAAGCAUCCCAACCCUGUAGCGCCUGGUGUCCCUGGCUCUGGUAGAAACUGGGCGUUGGGGUCGGCAGCUUACCUUGCCUGCUGGCUGGUUUGGAUUGUGGUCAUUUUUCUUGUGUAUGAAAUCGUUUAUUCUUUCGCUAGGAGGUGGCGCACCAAACGCCCUCCUGUGUUUCCCAUUUACACAUCAUCCCCCGCGCGACACCUAGUUUCCCUUACUUCGUAUUCCAAUUUCUGCUUUAUCCACCACAUCCGACUCUCUGCGUUCUUACCAUCCCGGGGUGGAUCUAUACGAGAUGGUCUGGCAGAAACAUUCUAUUUCUACGCUCAGAACCUUCCCACUGUCGCUUUACUUCUUCCACGAGCAGGUCUCAGCCUUGCACUCCUUCUAGCAUUUUGGACCCCGGAUCCCAACGUACAGAUGUUGGUAGAUCAAGGCUUUAAAACAGGAAGGGACGGCACCUUUUUCCAUCAAGAUGGGACAUUGACAGGUUACGCUCGAGGCGUACUUGCGGCAAAUGUUGCUUGGACUAUUUGGAGGACUCUGGUUCUUGUGUUUAGUUGGAUCGGACUUUGGAUUUUUUCAGGACAAGCUUUUGCAGGUCUGUGUGGUCCUCGCUAUCGUUGGGAGGAGGAUGACCUACGAGAGAAGAACCGUUCAUCUCUCUAUAGCUUGGGAAACAACAAUUCUGAAACGGCAUAUUUCGACCCCGACGCCCCCCUUCCUUGGUCCUGGAAAGAGAGGACCCGGACGCGGGUCUGGGAUGCAUAUGAGUUGUGUCACACUGUGAAACCUCUUGCACGAUGGGGAAGUGGUCGUAUCGAUCCUAUUCAAGUAUAUCGCUACGGCGAGGUCAAGAAGGACGUUCCAGAAUCCCCUGCUCCAGAGACUCCUGGUGGGUUUGAGGGUAUGGACCGUUUAAUGGCCGCAGUGGGGCUGAUGCCAGCGCCUGCCUCAGUUCAACCGCAUAAACGAAGUGUACUCUCGGAUGAUUUCUUCAAGAAUCCUACUCUUGGGCAGCAACCUGUGGCAAGUGGAAGUGGAUCAAAAUCGGGAAGGGCUAGCCCUCAACUUGCAGGCAGAACAACACCACUGGAGCUGGCGGCCGUUAUACCAAAGGUUGUUCAGAGGGCAACCAAGGAGAAGCAGCCCAUGCAGGGAGGCCCAUUGAUGGAAUUGCCAUAUCCGUUCACUGCCAAAGGGGUUGCACAGGUUUCGAGUGAGGAUGUGAAAGAGGCGAAGAAAGAUCUGAGAGUGCCGUUCCCACCUUCACCAUCAAGAAGUCACGCUAGUAAAAGAGUCGAAACUGGUACCAGUAGAAGUGAAGAAGAGGAUGAGAAGGAUGAUGAUGAUGAUGAUGAUGAUGAUGAUGAUGAUGAUGAUGAGGAGGAGGAGGAGGAGGAGGAUGAGGGUGAGGGUGAGGAGGAUGAGGAUGAGGAUGAGGAUGAAGACGAAGAUGAAGAUGAAGAUGAGGACGAUGAGACAGGUCUUGGAACAACUAGCGAAAAUCCUUCCUCGUCUUCCGCGCGAGCAUCUAACUCCAUGUCCGACCUCGGUGUUCCUGUUACGUCUCGUUAUCCCUUCCAGUUCCGUCAUCCGACGGCAAGAGGAUCUUCGGGGUCGCACAUGACACCGCCCUCUAAUGGGCGUUCUACGAUUGAGUCUAGAAUGUCCCAGCAGACUCGUUCAACGUUGUCGACAGGAAACCGUGAAUCAAGUGAUUCACACUCUCCUCGUUCUCAUUAUACAACUUCGGAUGGUGCCAGUCCUGCGAGCUUUGCAGGAGUAAGCGGUAUUCCAAUGCCACCGAGGCGACAAGGCGGAAAUCGAGGUAGAGGUAGAAAUGUCCCCCCUUCUGUGCCCUCAUCACCCAGCAUCGAUUUCCCUCGUACUAGAGGGACGACAGCCCGUGGGAGGGGUGCAAGCCGUGGAAGUCAAACUGGCCCCUAUGGCAUGUCUUCACCAGAGCCGGUUUUGUACGGAUCAGACCUCGAAGGGGAAUACGAAGAUAAUGACGUUACGGGAGAAGGGCUCGAUGUAUCGAUGAUGAUGGAGCAACCUGAGCCUGAAGGGCCCCAUGAAGCAGCAGAAGGGGAUGAUGUUGUCGGACUGUUGUCAAGUUCAAGAGGGCCUAGUCCGAGAACUUCAUUGACUGGCGUUCGCCAGCGAGCCAGCGGCAGCUUUGGUUCCAACCGACCCUCCCGUUUGAGCCUUCCUGGUGGGAACAGCCGACAUUCAAGUAGUAAUGGAUCUCGUUCUGGCUCCAGCUCUCGAACGAAUUCGCACUCUGGAUCGUCGUCUGGUAGAUCUCGAGCAGGUUCGAUGACGGGCGCAGUGCGUUCGCGCACCCAGUCUCUCCUCCAGACGAUGACUUCAGCUUCGCGCUCGAGCUUGGAACUCGUUCAACACACGGUGAUGCGUACCAGGGCCAACUCGAGUAUGGCAAGGUUGGAAGAGGAUUUCUCUGAUCGGACCCAUUCAAGGUCCGGAAGUAGCUCUUCUGCAAUGGUCAGUAGUGGAGAAAACAAUACAUUUGGGCAUCCCAUUCCUCGUAGGAACCAGUGGCAGCAAAGAGAGGAAAGAGUCAACGAAGAAGAGGAGCCUCAGACGCCCGGCUUCCUUCAGAUCCAUGACAUCCCUGAGGUGGUGGUUGAGCCUGCAGUUACAUCUGAAUCUCCCCCCCGCGCCUUGCGAGAGGUCAGUUCUGACCCCCCGGGUGACGCUCCCUCCCUCAUUCCAUCGGAGACUACCAUGCACGGCGCAGCAGCAGAGCACAUCAGUAGCGAGCCUUCCGACGGAUUGGCGAUUCCUCGACAAAGACAGAGCCGUGAGCAUCCUGAGGCUCUUUCGCUCCAGAGUAGCCAUGCAGAUAUUAGUACUGCCGCAGCGUCUUUUGUCACUGCUCCCGCAACCAUUGCGACAACGACUGACGAUAGUGGGCGAACGGUGUCAAGUUGGCCAGGCGUGUCUCAUAUAGUCGACCGACCAGACGCAACGUGGAGACCUGCAUGAGAAUACUUUAUGCUGCCUACUGUCAUCGAUUGACGCAGCCCUCUUAAUGAUGCUACGAUUGGAUGCUCCGGAACGACCCCGAUUGUAUUUUUCUUGAUUGUCUGACCAACUGUUAUUUCCUCAUGUUCAUCCCACUUAUCUUUAUCGCACUGGAGAUCUACUACAUUGUUGUUUAUUGCUACAUAUACUUAUUCUUCUCUCUCAGCCUUUCACUUCAUUUUUCUACUCACUUACCUCCUUCAAACUAUUCAACGCGGAGUAAUCGGAUUAAUACUGACUACGUAGUACAUAUCGCAUAUUCCUAUUAUGCACAUGCCCAACGUACAUACUAGCUUAGUUUCAUCGUUCAGACCCAAGAGUUUUGAGUGACAAACAUCGUAUGUUAUACGUUUCACCUCUCGUUGGAAGCUAAGAUCAAACACCUAGAGAUUGAUCCGUCUAGUCGCUAAGAAUCUGAGUAUUAGCCAUUCGGUGAUGACGAC